AUGACCCGUUUGGAAGAAAAACUCUAUUUACAAAGUGUUUUUAAUGUUAUUGACGAGGUCUAUAAAUUUAAGAAUCAUAAACAAGUAUUAACUUAUGAAGAACGUUUGCGUGCUUCAUUCAAUAAAUUACUUGUUCCUAAUUGGUUCAAUCGUGAUUAUACAUCUAACAAUGGCCUACGGAAAACAAAAUCUCAUGGACAAGUGUUUCAUACAAGACGGUAUGAUUUUAAUAAUAAUAAAAAUAAUGAGACUUAUGAUUCAUUAACAUCAUCAUCAACAUCUAACGAUACACAUCGAUAUCGAUCACAGAGUCAAUCUUGGUCUGAACGGCGUCCUAUAAGACAUGAUUCAGCAGCUUCAAGCUAUGAUACAAAUGGCAGUGUUAUUAUUAAUAGCCGACGUUUGAUUAAUUCUAAUGGAACAUCAACAUAUGCUCCCGGUUUGCAACGUGUUACUCAAUCAUCAACAUGGUAUAAACCAAAAACAUUUACUAUCAAUGAACAUACAAUUGAUCCACCAAAACCUUUACCAAGACAUAUGAAAAAAAUUGGUGAGUGAAAUUUGAUUAUUAUCUUAGUAUUAAUGUCAAAUACACAAUGAUAUCUCAAAUAUAAAUCUCAUUUAAAGUGUGAGCUUUCUAUUGUUAUAUAGCAUCAGAUGUUAACAUUACAUAACCAGAUAAAUUAGAUACACUUUAUGUUAUAACAUGAUCUUCACACUAAUGUAUUUUGUUAAUGCUUUAAAAUUUCAAAUAUUAUCUACUUAUCAAACAUUUGAUUUAAUAAUUUAAUUGAUUUCGACAGAUGUAUCAUAUUUAGAUAACAUCUAUUAGUCUAUAGAUCAAAGAAAAACGUGAUAGACACUUCUUUUUUUAGUUUGUCCUUUACUCUAGUUAUAUGUCAUAUCAUAUAUGUAUAAUAUGUAGUAAUGUUGACAAGACAUAUGCACU